CUUCUUGGAAUAUACAAAUUUCCCACAUCUGCCAGGAAAUAUAAACGACUGUUUCUUGACGAUAGUAAUUCCUGUAUUUACACUUGUCUAAUAAUGACAUUUAAAUUUUUUAUUUUUUUGUUAGUUUCCGUUUGCUUGUACAGUAUGGCGGUGUCACUAUCAUGCAUUCCUUGCGACAAAUCAGCAUGCCCACCUCUAAAUGAAGCAGAUUGUCCUGUUGGAAUAGUUCUUGAAGGCGGAUGUGGAUGUUGUCAAGUCUGUGGAAAGAAUGUUGGUGAGACGUGUGGUGGGCCAUGGAAUAUUCAGGGUAAUUGUGGAAUAGGCUUAGUAUGUGUGAAACCACCUGCUCCUGCAGAAGAUUUGCACGUGCAUGAAUUUAAUUCUAUUGGAAAAUGCCAACUGAAACACUAAUUUGUACUGAGAAGCAUGACUUAUUCCUUACUUAAGCAAGGAAUAAGCAAUGUGCUAAGCUAUUACAUAAUCAAAAGACUAUUGUUUACAGUUUGAGUUAAUUGUAAAAGUUUUAAACAAAAUUAAAAGUUUAAUGCCUAUUAUUAUCUUAUGCGUCAGUUUUGAAAUUCAUUCGCUUAAUUUUUUGGCAUUUCCUAAUACAGACAUUUUCACUAAUACAGAUUUCUUCACUUUAGGAGCCAGUUUCCCAUAAAAAAAUCUCCCGAAAGGCAUCUUCCUUGGCAGAUUGCCCAUGUUUUAUUUUGUUUCUAUUCUCAUUCGGGAUAUACGAUUCUCAAAAAUGUGGCGGUACGCUGCACCGUUUUUCUGUAUUUCAUUACGACCAACCAAACAAUCUUAGACUUUCGGUAGUAUAUAGACAAAAAUAUAUAUAUUACAGGUAAUCGGUACUGGAUACUUGCAUUCCUGAAUUCCGUCACAUGGAGUAAAGCAUUCCUGAAUUCCGUCACAUCUUGGCUCUUGACUGCAGCAUAGUUUAAAUUACAAAGUCGUAGAGCGUUUCGAGAUCAAUAUAAAACUUUUCUCGUGUGGCUAAUAUAAUCAAAGAGGAGCAGCUAGACACCGUCAAAAAAGUGGUAAAACAGUACGGUCAUAGGAUCAUAACCUUGAACGUAUGACCAAAGGGGA